AUGUCGGAAACUUCCCAUGAUGUUCCAUCGGUUUCAUCACCAGGAGCCGAGGCUGCAUCCCCGGCUAAGUCGAAGAGCACCUUUGAACCGACAGCCUCAGACAUUAUUCCGGCUAUGUUCAACUUCAACAAGGAUCUUAAGGCCGAAAAGCCUUCUUCGGUAUCGGACAGGGGAUAUGACGUGAGGCGAUACCCCUCGUCCAUUAUUGAAGAGAAGCUCGACAUAGUCCGAGCCGACUGUGGGUGGGACACUCGUCCGAGUGUGGUGCUGGUCAAUGAAGCCUUCAUCCGUGCUCAGCAGGAGAUAAACGACCUUAGGGGCCAACUGGAUGCCCAAGGCCGAGAGACGGAGAAAUACCAGCACCUUCUUCAGGAGAAGGAGGAUGAGUUGAACCGGGCAGCCGCUCUUUCCAACCUCCGGCCUGAGCUUGAUGCGGCUAAGGAUGAAAAUCGUAUUUUGAAAAGUGAGCUGGCCGCUAUGGCUGAUUAUAACCGGAGCCUUGAAGCUGACAAGAUUGGCCUUAGCCGGGAUAAAGCUCAGUUUUUCUCGAGGCUGGAUGAGCUCGAGAUCACCGUUUCCCAACUUCGGGGGGAACUGGAUUCAGUGAAGGCCGACGCUAUAGGCUUGGCCGAGAGGAACCGGCUGCUCGAGUCCGAGGCCGCUCAGUACAAGGAUCGCAUGAGGGUGUUUGAGGAGAAGGCCGAGGAGCGAUCUUGGAUAUGUGAAGGCCUAAGAGUUGAGCUCGAGGAGGCGGUGAGUGCCAAUGACGCCCUUAAGGCCGAGCAAGAGGCGGCCACCGGUAGGAGCGGUGUCCUUGAGGAGAACCGGGUUGAUCUGGAAUCCAAGCUGGCCAAGGCCGAGGCCGAUUUGGAAGAGGCCUGGAAAAGUGUGGAAGCGGAUGAGGCUCACACUGCUAUUGUUGCCGAGUAUGAGAAGUGA